CACGCCACGCGCGUUUGGAUAAGUUGACGGUGGGUGGGGCGGCAGAGGGAGGGACUUGCCCGGUUAAAGGCAAAAAGAAUAUCAGCCCGAUCGUGUCAUUUGGAGAUGAAAGUUCCAAGCGUACUCAUGGCCAUCUGAGGGAGCAGAAGAUUAAGGGACACUGGCCGGUGCGCGAAGAAAGAAACACAGCAGUUGUGGACUUAUCACUCUUUUAUUAGUCUGUUUAACAUUUAAAAAUCUGUUGUGAACGAAGCGAAAACGGAUCCCGAACAGAUCAAAAUGAUGACCAAGUCAUUUGGGAAAAGUGGGGAUGUGAGUGAGCUGGUGAGCUCCCUCAGCUGGCUCGAUGAUGACGGCAGCUCACAGGAUGGAGAUGAAAGCCCAGAAUUGACGGGGCGCCAUGGCCUGACUGUAGGGGGUCGCCUCCACUCCUGCACAGAACUGGGUAGUGAGGAUAUGGAGGAAGAGGAGGAAGAGGAAGAGGACGAAGAGGAUGGACCAAAUGGAGAAAAUGCUCCCAAAAGGAGAGGCCCUAAAAGGAAGAAGAUGACCAAAGCUAGACAGGAGAGGUUUCGUGCACGGCGAAUAAAGGCCAAUGCCAGAGAACGUUCUCGUAUGCAUGGGCUAAAUGAUGCUCUGGAUAAUCUGCGCAGAGUGAUGCCUUGCUACUCUAAGACACAAAAGCUGUCGAAGAUUGAGACUCUGCGGCUGGCCCGCAAUUACAUCUGGGCUCUAUCGGAGGUGCUAGAAAGUGGCCAGUCCCCAGAGAGUCAUGGAUUUGUGGAGAUGCUGUGUAAAGGUUUGUCCCAGCCUACCAGCAACCUUGUGGCUGGCUGCCUGCAGCUGGGACCCAGUCCGAUGAUUCUUAAUAAGCUGGAAGACAAGUGCGGAGGUCCAGGAAUGGGUAGUAUGGUGGCUGGCCAUCCCCUCAGCUACCCAUCCCCAGGCCUUCCCAGCCCACCCUACGGCUCCCUCGAGGCAUCGCACCUCCUCCAAAUGAAAGGAUUCAAGGGGCCUGUAUAUGACAACCCCUCCCCUAACGAGUGCAGCAGCAGCACUCCUCCAUACGAUGGGCCCCUCACUCCCCCUCUCAGCAUCAGUGGCAACUUUGCCCUGAAGCAGGAGCCAUCUCCGCAUGAGUCAGAGAGGAACUACACACCCCACCAUGCUCACUACCUCUCAUCCCACCAUUACCCCACGUCCACGACAGGCAGCCUACCAGGGGGGCCUCAGGCCCACCCACUUUUACAGGCUUCUCGCUACGAGUUGCCCCUGGAUGUGGCCUUUGACUCCUUUGCUCCCCCUCACCUCAUCACCUCUCACAUGGGUACCAUCUGAAAUGUGAUAGUACCAGUGAACGAGUGACUGUUAUGAAUAGAGUAGAAGCACUGCUCCUGUAUAAACUGCUGUAAAAAAGGACGACUGUGGUACUGAGUGUAUAGAGAAAAAUGUUUGCUUUUAUGUUGACUAGUACUCUGGGAGAGCACUGAACGCUCAGAGAGAAGACUCAUCACCUCAACUCAAUCUACCUGAAACAUGCACCCAUAACAUUUAUUACUGUAUUUAUUUCACUUUUGUUUAUAUGUUAAUCUUCUUUUGAACACAUUGCUCCGUCGGUUUUUAAAGAGUUGAAGUAAAAAUUAGUUUACCAAAUCAGACGUCCUCGCUGAAGCAUUAUUCAGAUGCUUGUGUUUGAACAAAUACUUUAUUAUUUACACGUCUACGCAUAAAAAGAAAUCGAUCAAAAAGUCACCCAUUGUGCACUGAGGCCUACAGCCAGUUUCCUUCUGAAUUUAAGAAAAGCAAUGCAUUUAUUUAUACCUGUAUUUAAUAUUUAUUUUGAUAAUGUCUGUUUUAUAUUUCUCUCAGCACAGUUUCUGUUUCACUGUCUUGGGUCGAUGCCAGCCACUGGUAGCUGUACUGUAUUUAAUUUAUUUAUUUUAAGUCUUUCAGGUACUUGUUCAUUUGGUGUCACGAUUUUUGUCAUACUGUACUGUUAAUAUUUUGCUAUUUCGCACUUAAUUAAAUAAAUAUUCUUAUAUUAUAUGC